AUGGGAAAGCCCAGCAAAGCUGUGAUUGGCCAGCUGGGGACCAGCCCUCUUGCCCUGGGCGCCUGUUUCUUGGCUGCAGGAGCAAGCAGGGGAGGGUUUUGCAGAAUUGUGGAGUUGGGAGGGUCUCCGAGGGUCAUCUAGUCCAACCCCCUGCAGCCUCCUCCCAUCUAGGACAGGCGUCAAACAGAAUCCCUGCCCCUCUUCCUUUCCCUUGAGCAAGCGCAGAGUUCUGGACACGCAGGCCUUUGCGCUGAGGUUCCUGCACUGCAGCGGGUUGGACUAGAUGACCCCAGGGUCCCUUCCAGUUCUGCCAUUCUGUGAUUCUGCGGGGGUGUUGGGAGGGGUACACGGCUGAGCUGGCUGGGGGAAGAGGCAGAGGGGUCUCCCAGUUGGCAAGGGGUCCUUAACUCUCCCUCCACGCUGCUGGGGACUCCGACUGAGGAGCAAUGGCCAGGGAUGACCAAACUUCCAGACUACAAGGUGAGAAGACCCUUCCCUCUCCCAGAAUGAGACCCCUGCUCCAUCGCCCUCCUGGCUGGGGGGCCACACCCCUCAUUGCACAUCUCACCCACCUUCUCCCCCUCCCCAGCCAUACCCCAUGUAUCCUGCGACGACGUCCCUCGUCAACGUGGUGCCCAAGCUGAACACGACUGGACGAGACCUGCUCCAGGUGAGUGCUUCUCCCCCCCCCUUGUCCCCCUGCCUCCCCCCCAGGAUGUGAGCUCCCUGCAGGGGGCUGGAAGGGGGUCUCUCCCACUGGCAUCUCUGUUCACCUUCCUUGCAGGUUUUUCUGCCAAGGGCCCUCCAUCAGGGAUCCUUGAGCUCCUGCUUUGAGGGGGUUGGACUGGAUGACCUCUGGGGGUCCCUUUCCAAUUCCACCAUUCCUCAGAGGGUGGCACCGGCCUCUCCUUCCAUCUAGGGCUUUCCUCAGUAGUUGGACAGCUGUCCCUCGGGGAAUUUGCUGCCAAGGAGUGUGGUGGAGUCUCCUUCUUUGGAGGUCUUUAAGCAGAGGCUUGACAACCAUAUGUCAGGAGUGCUCUGAUGGUGUUUCCUGCUUGGCAGGGGGUUGGACUCGAUGGCCCUUGGGGUCUCUUCCAACUCUAGGAUUCUAUGAUUCUAUGAUCCUUCAGCCGAGAUUCCCACCUUGCAGGGGGCUGGACUGGAUGACCUCUGGGGGUGCCAUGACUCUGUGAGCUCUCCCUCUUUCUUUGCCUCCCCAGAACUUGCUGAAGUGCAACCCGGUGCACCGGAUCUCGGCAGAGGAUGCCCUCCAGCACCCCUACUUCACGGAUUUCUGCCCCCCCUAA